AUGCGCUGUGUUGUGGUGCGUCUCCCGGGUUACGGCACUACUGCCCGGUCAGACCUGGUCCAGACCGGAUUCAGACCUGGUCCAGACCUGUCUUGGGUCUCCAUAAUGUCUUCACGCCCCACCCCACACUCCGUAAAGCGGUGGCCGCUCCAGGGCACGGACUACGCGGCGCCCCGGGACCAAGUGCGCGCUCCUGGGACUCUCUUCAGCUCCUGGACCCCUUUGACCAACAAGACCCACAACCUGCAGCUGUUUGAGAAGCGUGUGGAGCUCCUGCUGCACUGGUUCGACCUGUGGACAGACGAAGGAACUCGUCAGCUCCUCAGCUCUCACCUCUGUGUCCUGUACCAAAGCCCGGACCACACGCUCCCGGACUGCCUCAGAGCGCUGGAGCCGGUCGCAGACAUGGGUUUGUUCUUGUUCUCUGACGCCCUGGUGCUGACCCGUCUGGACCAGCGCCACGUCCCCUUCACCGUGACCCAGACACGCUCCCACAGCUUCAUGGCGUCUGUGGCUCUGUCUGGCCUCAGCGUCCGAGAGGUCAACCACUCACGCUGUAGGUACAGUGUGUGCUGUAGGUACCAUGUGUGCUGUGCACCAUGUGUGCUGUAA